CGAAAAUCUAAAUGUACUUCUCGACUCGUCGAUCAACAACAUUCAGUCGUAUUCUGAACUUCGAACGGUAAAGAGCUCUAAACUCUAGAGAUCUACAAGACUAACAAACAAAAAAGAAAGAACCUAACAAAUCCGUACGUACUUAUCGCGUAGGUGAAGAUACUUUCGCCGGCUAAAAAUAAAAUCGAAUACUUCUUGCUUUUAACAUUUAGUUUAUUCUGUGGAGCUCUCAUUCGCUUAUCGGACGCCGAGUGAUAUACACGUCCUACCGGAAUAUAACAAAACAAAAAUACUUUUAUACCUUUUAGUAACUUUGAUUACUGGUGAACAAUAUUAUUUAUCAAUUUAAAAAAAAACAAGUGACUAUUUAAAAAUUAUAAGAAAAAGUGAAUUCUUAAGUGAAUCAAGGAUAAAAUAAAAAGUUUAGUGAACAAAACAAAAGUUUUGUAAAAAAAAACAAAAACUAAUCAAAAACAACACAAAUAUAUUCCUAAUGGUUACUGGAGUUAUUGCACCAAGCGCAACAAUGACCGCCAACUUAAUCGGAUCUCAACCAACAAUCAAGGAUGCACCAGUCAAAAGUGAUCGUCGGUCCAAUAAACCGAUAAUGGAAAAAAGACGACGUGCAAGGAUUAAUAAUUGCUUAAAUGAGUUGAAAACUCUCAUCCUCGACGCCACAAAAAAAGACCCAGCGCGUCAUUCUAAAUUGGAAAAAGCUGACAUCCUCGAAAAGACCGUCAAGCACCUCCAAGAACUUCAACGUCAACAGGCCGCUCUAGCUCAGGCAGCCGAUCCAAAAGUGAUAAACAAAUUCAAAGCCGGCUUCACCGAUUGUGCCAACGAAGUAAGUCGUUUCCCCGGCCUCGAUCCUGUUGUCAAACGUCGUCUAUUGCAACAUCUAAGCAAUUGCAUCAAUGGUGUUAAAUCAGAAUUACAUCAUCAUCAUCGGCAACAACAGCAACAGCAGCAAUCCACUGUGGUGGUGCAACAACCUCCAUCCCACAUGCUGCCAUCGCCACCCAGCUCACCAGAACAACAAGAUCAGCCGAUGCACUCAUCAAAUCCACCACAAAUCAUUCACUCCAUCAAUGGUGGAUACUUCCUACCCAAUGGCCUCCAAGUUAUUCCAACAAAACUUCCCAACGGCAGCAUUGCCCUAGUCCUCCCGCAAACGAUGCCCCACACCCACAAUCAGCCCCCCAUGCUGGUGCCCAUUCCAUCGCGCACAGCAUCCACCGGAUCGGCUUCAUCGCAUACGUCAUCCAGCUAUGAGCGCACUCUCUCGCCACCCACCAACAUUCACUAUGCACCACCAAGUCCGGCGAACUCAUACGAAGCCAUGGACUGCAAGCCUUCUGUCAUUCAUCAUGGUGGUGUUGCCGCUGCUUCUGCUGCUGCAGCACACGCUCAACUCCACCACCAACAACAGCAACAACAACAGCACCUUCAGCAACAAAUGUACCAGCAACAAGCCGCCCAGCAUUACAGUCCCGAAGCGGCUCCCCUAUCGUUGGUUGUGAAAAAAAUCAAAGAAGAAGAACAACCAUGGAGACCGUGGUGAAUAAAAAGUGAAGACUUACACAUCAGAGGUCAGGCAUUCAGCAGAAAUAAAAAUGCACAAACCAAAUAAGGUGGCUAAAAAGAUGCACAAACCAUUCUAUACAAACAUACAUACAUAUACAACACUAAUACACACUUAUAAGACUGAAACCGAAGAGAGUCACGCAGCUCAUUUGAAUACCAAAUUGAGUUGGUGGCGUAUCAAAUAAGGAGCUUGAUUGGCGUUCGCUUAGUGUUUGGAGAAGCAGCAGCAAAAACAAGACAUGAAAAGAGUAGAACAGGAAGGAGGAAUAGGAGGAGGAAGCAAAGAAAAAAAAACAAAAUCAGAGGAGCAGGAUGCUGACAUCUAACACAUACCUACCUACCUACCUUCCUACCAACCUACCUUUUACAAAGAACUUAAAAGAAAAUGAGUCGAGAACUAAAAAAAAAGGAAACAAAAAACUCAUUGUUCAAAAUUAUUGUGAGAACCGCAGUAUACCUCUGUGCUUAAAAAUAAUAAUAAUUAUAAUAAUUAGACUUAAAGAAUUAUUAGAAUUUAUGUAGAAUUUUCUGACGCGUUUUCUUCGAUCAAAAUGUUUUUCAUGAAAAGUUCAUUUCUUCUCAUCUUUCUCAUCAAAAUAACAACAUCAUUCAUCUUCCUUAUAUUUUCAUCAAAAAAACAAAAUAAAAAUUGUUAAACUUUGGAAAAUAUAAACGAAGUACUCAUCAAAAAGAAAGAAAAAACUUGAGUCACUUUCUUGAGUGAAAAAUUAAACAAAAUCAAUAUUUCAUUAAUUUUUUAAAAAUAUUUAAAUCAUUUAAUUUCACGAAUAUUUGCGAAUUUUUAUUUGGAAAAAAAAAGACUUAACUUUGAAAUUUUCACUCAUAAUCGAUUUCACUCACUCAUUUUUAUUUAGAAUAUCACUCAUAAAAUUGAGACUGUUUUCAAAAACUCAUUCUUCAUAAGACCAAAUCUCAAACGAAACAAGAGUCUCUAUUUCACAGCACUAAAAACAAAAACAAAAACAAAAAAUCACUCAAUUUUCCACUUUUCAUCUCAACUUCACUCAUUCACUAACUCACUCAAAGAACUCUUCAGAAAAUCAAGAAUCACUACCUCAGACAUAAAAAAAUAAAAAUUAUAUUAAUAAUUGUUAAGCUCUGUGAAUUAUACAAUGUUGAAGGUACAAAUUGCUGUGAAUGUAUUAUGCAAUUUAAAAUUGAAUUUAAUGCACAAGUCAUGUAAAUAAAUUUAAAAAAAACCAUAAACAAAACAACAAAUUUAAAGAAAAUCCCUUAACUUUAAGUUUAAAACAUAA